UUUUUGUGUACGGUGAUCGUCUACUCGGCUGCCUACUUGCUGCUGCUGCUUCCAUAGCCGACUUUCUGAACAUAACCGACGAUCGACAGCGCUUAUCGUCCCAUGACAUUUUGAUCGCCUAUCUGAGCCUUUGCUUCGGUGUUGUCGGACUGCUACGUUCUAUUCGAGCUCAUCUCGAGCUUCGAUCCGACUGCGUAUGCUUUUUGGGAGGUAUUCGGCAAAGAUAUGGCGCUUAGUGAUGAGGACCUCAGGCACCGGCUCACCGAACUGGGUUGCGAUGUGGGACCCAUCGACGACACAACGAGGCCUUUAUAUGUUUCCCUUCUGAAAAGGCGUGAGGGCGACGCGAAGCCUGCGCGACAAGGUCGUUCAUCCACGGCUCCAACGUCCAAGAAUCGAGUUCGGAAUCGCUCGACGGCUUCAUCCCGAACCGAUGGAAGUCCGGUCCCGGCAGCCUCUCCUAGGAGAAGCGUUUCUCCGAAAAAAAAUCCAGUGCCAACCACAAGCCGCAAGAAACGAGACACCAGUCCACGGGUGCCGAGCUCGUCGUCAACAAUGUACAUCUCAUCACAGACCCAGUUCCAAGAGGAUUUGGGACUGUUCUCGACUGGUCUUUCACCAGUGAGGCCGCAGCCAUCGCAGACCCAGAAUCUGGCGGGAAACAAGUACACGAGGAGACCGCUGCAUCCGCCCGACUAUAAUUAUUCCGCAUCGAAUGGCUUCAGCGAUGACGAAUCCGAAUAUCGAUACAGACCGUCGAGUUCGAGACACAAUGGGUCCCCCUAUGUCUCCCAAACACACGGCGGCAAUAGCUCUUCGCGCAGCAGACGUCACGCAUCGUCAGCCGUAGGCAGCGCUCCGUCGCAUCCUAUUCCGAAACUCCUCGUCGGCGUGACAGCUUUAUUCUUCUGUGGUCUGGCUGUUCUGUACUUCCGCCAGGUCAGUUCGGCCGACCCAACCGAAAUCCUAGAUGACAGGUCCUCCUUCAAGCACGCCCUAUGCUCACAAGGGCGAACAGCCGAGGUUGGGUACGACUGCAUUGAAGAAGACAUUCUGCAAGAAUCGCUGGAUUCAGCGAGGAAGAUCCAGGGUUUCUUAGCACAAGAGAACUUCGAGAAAUUUUGUGGCAAUGGGGGUGAGCGCUUGGAUUCCACCGGUGGCCUGACGUAUGCGGAAGCUGAAAGAGUUAUCGCCCAGAAAGCGAAUGUCUUCAACGGAAUGAUAUACUUGGUGCAGGAGAAUCCUGAGUGGGGGAUGCAACUGGGAGAAGGUGAAACGCAGAGCUCGAUAAAGCUGCCAGCCUACUCUCCGCCUCUCUUCUGCCAACUGCAAAGAGCAGUAAUGCAGAUUCUCUACCAGACUCUGCUACUGGUGUUCGUUCUGAUGCUCGUCGUCGCAUCGUUCUGGCUUUUCCAGAGGAGGAAACAUAAUCAGAAGGAGCGAAAAAGGCAGAUCAACGGUCUCGUUGAGGACAUAACCGAAAUGCUCACCAACAACGCCACCGAUAAUCCGGAGACUCCUUACCUCGCCGUUCUGGAGAUUCGCGACAAGCUGCUCCCUAGCGCAGCGCACAACAAGCACGCGAGGCAACUAUGGGCCGAGGUCGAGGCGAAGUUCGAAGCCACGGAAAGUGCGCGAGUUGCCAAAGAGAAACAAAGAAUUCGCGGCGAGUGGUUCGUUGUCUGGCGCUGGUUGCGACCCCCUAACGCGAACGGAGGCGGCAAAGUUUGGCAGGGGAAAGCUUUCGAUGGCAACCAUCGAGUGCAGCCGUUGACGAAUUGCCUCAAAAUACGAAACAUGUUCAAUAGCUCAGAAGAGCACGGAGAUACUUGGGUACAUGACGUGAAGCGAGCUAUCGUCAACAAUUGCGGCCCUUCUCACGGCAUCACUCAUGUUCAUGUAGCACAGAACUCGGAAGACGGAUUAGUUUUUGUUAAGACGACUUCACUGCAAGCAGCAGGAGAUGUAUAUCACAAACUUCACGGCAGUUGGUUCGACGGUCGACUCGUCACCGCGAAGUACUUACGAGAAGAACGCUAUCACGAGAAAUUUCCGGAUUCUAUCGGCUGCGUUCGACCGAUACAGGUCUCUUAGAUGUUCCGCUCGCUUUCCUGCUGCGUGAGAUAGUGGCAGGAGUCCGAACGCGAUUCUCGAGGGUUCGCCAGAAGGAGAUCUUACAUGCGUCGGCGACGGUGCACAGAUGGAUUUUCCCGCUAAUAUCAUCAUAUCACAUUAUGAGCUGUGAAGGAAUCUGCUCUCGGGAGAUUAUUCUCAUUCUUGUAGUCUCGUUGUACAUAUGUAAUUUACAUCGUGGAUUCUUGGGGGCUCGCGACGUCUUCGUCUUCAGAGACGAACUUCCCAGUCGAAAGGAUUGUCGACUAUAUUAUUGGACUCGUCAAAAAGAGUUUCGGGUGCAAAACUUGUACAUGGUAGCAAUCUCAUCCGAUUGAGGGAAAAAAGGUCAGAGUCAAGAACCAUGUCGAGCAUUUUACACAGGAUUCCCGAAGACUAUAACAGCACUCACUUUGUCAGAAUAAAGUUAUCAACUUUCUCCGUUCUCCGAUUU